ACGGAACCGAACUAGACUCUGACAGACCUCACCGGAGCUCCCAAUUCCCAAAGCAAAAGCAGCAGCGGAAGGAAACCUCUCUCGCUCUCGCCGGCGGCGACCAGACCAGGACUAGCGAUGGCCCGCUACGACCGCGCGAUCACCGUCUUCUCCCCCGACGGCCACCUCUUCCAGGUCGAGUACGCCCUCGAGGCCGUCCGCAAGGGCAACGCCGCCGUCGGCGUCCGCGGCUCCGACACCGUCGUCCUCGGCGUCGAGAAGAAGUCCACCCCCAAGCUCCAGGACUCCAGGUCGGUGCGCAAGAUCGCGAUCCUGGACACGCACAUCGCGCUGGCGUGCGCGGGGCUCAAGGCGGACGCGCGGGUGCUCAUCAACCGGGCACGCGUCGAGUGCCAGAGCCACCGCCUCACCGUCGAGGACCCCGUCACCGUCGAGUACAUCACGCGCUACAUCGCCGGGCUGCAGCAGAAGUACACGCAGAGCGGAGGGGUCCGGCCCUUCGGCCUCUCCACGCUCAUCGUCGGAUUCGACCCCUACACCGAGAAGCCCGCGCUGUACCAGACCGACCCCUCCGGCACCUUCUCCGCCUGGAAGGCCAACGCCACCGGCCGCAACUCCAACUCCAUGCGCGAGUUCCUCGAGAAGAACUACAAGGAGACUUCCGGGAAGGAGACCAUCAAGCUUACCAUCCGUGCCCUCCUUGAGGUCGUUGAAAGUGGCGGCAAGAACAUAGAGAUCGCGGUGAUGACGCACAAGGAUGGCCUCCGCAACCUAGAAGAGGCCGAGAUUGACGAGUACGUCACCGAGAUCGAGGCGGAGAAGGCCGCCGCCGAGGCCGCCAAGAAGAGCGGCCCGAGAGACACCUAAAUGUAUUCAUCAUGAUUCAGCACGAUGUCUCCUCUAGUCCUCCUGUUCCCCAGCCAGCAUUGUCGUCUUUCUCUCCUUUUGUGUUUGUUGUUUCAAGAAAGCUGAAUUGUUUGGUCGAAGCGAGCUGUUUAUUUGUUCUUGAUGUUGGAUGUA